CUCCGCUUGCCGCAUGACGUCAGACGCAGACCGGUUUCCCGUGUAGCAGUGACGUUGUCCGGCAAAGUUUUUGGGCGGCGCCGGUGACGGAGCACGGAAAGUUUUGGAUUCGGGUCGUGCAGCUUGGGCGGUGGGAGGACCGGGAUCCUUCCACAUGAGUAACAGAAAGGUGUGGGAGGAAGGGAGGGGGGAACGUAAAUCUACUGACCGCAUGCCGGUCUGUGAAUAACAUCAUUAACCCGCACUGCACCGGGUGGGACUGUAUGAAAGGGAAGGGUUAAUUAAAUAUUUUGAUGCAAGUUUGAGCGGUGCGGUGGGUGUUUUGGGUGCCAGCAGGGAUGGAGGUGAUUUGCAGGGAGGAGAUAGGGUGGCUAGAGAAAUGUGGCAAAAUGACCAACCCAUUGAUGGGUUAUGGGGCAAGACCUGUAGGGUGUACGUGUCAGAGGACCCUGUAACUAAAGUAUGAUUUAUUGAGAAUUUAGAGGGAAUUCUAUGUGUGUGUUUUUUUUUUUUUUUAAUUCUUGGUGGCAAUAGUAGAAUUGUAAAAAUAUCAAGCCGGUUAAAUUUAGAUUUUUAGCUGGUUUUGCGGAAGAUUUGAUCUUCACUUUCAAUCCCGGUCAAGUUACGUUGCAGAGAAUAGCGCUCUGAGUGUUGGAGAUAUGUUUUUUUUUUUCGCAAUGUGUCGUUAUGGAAUUCUGGAUUUGGAUAUUCUGGAACAUUGGAUGUGAUGAUAGUAUUCCAAAAGAUUCCACUCAUGGAUUGUUUGGUUUAUCUGGAAUUGGGUUUUCAUAACUUCUUGGACUUUUUUUGGACCGCGUAGCCAGCCUUUGAAAUAUUGCUUUGUCUUGCAUGCUUUUUGGUUUUCAUCUUAACUUUGACAUGGUUGGAUUGCUUUAUGAUGGUUAUAUUAUUAUUUUUAUUUAUAUAGAGCAAAUUCCGUAGCACCGUACAAUGAGAACCAUAUCACUUCUGACAUGAUAUGAAAACAUAUUAUUCCAUAAACUUUUCUUAUUCUUAAAUCAGGUAUUCGUUUCAAGGUGAUUCAGCUCAUGGUUGGAAAGGUUGACACAUGAUGUAAUAGGUUGAUGAAUUACGGGAAGAUUAUUAUUAUUAUUACUGUCUAUUAUAAAGUGGCAACAUUCUGCAAUGCUGUGCAGUUGCGGGGGAAAGAGAGUACGUUAUACACAAUUACAAAAGGUAAAGAGGGUCCUUCUCUUGAUUUGAGAUCUGGCCACUAAAGCACUUUUUUAUACAAAGUUCUUGACUAGAUAGCCCUUGAGCUUUUGAUCUAGCGACAAAGAUGCACUCUGGUUUGAGGCUUUCAGAACAUUUAAAGAAUUGCAGAUUUUGGAUAUGGUUUUCAAUGUAGUUUUGAGUAUAGAUGGUUGCUUAAUCUACACGAGGUUGAACGGCCUGUCACUAUAAUAGCUAAUCAAUGUGAGAAUGGAUAGAUUUGUAUAGUAAUAGGUUGAAGAAGAAUUUUUGGCUAUUGAGGGUUUUUUUUUUUUUUUGGUGUGUGAUGGAUUUCCAGAAGCAUUGGGAGAACUGUAGGUGACAUUGUUUUCAGAUCUACAAUUAUGUGGAGUUGGCAGAUAGAGAAUUUAAUAAGAGGAUGCCUAGAUCACCUUUUAAAAGACUGAUGUUACCCAGUGUGACAUUAGAUGGAUUGAGUUUGUGGUUUAGUUCUCUAGAAUGUAAGCUCAUUGAGCAGGGCCCUCCACCCCCUCUGUUCCUGUGUGUACAGUUGUCUGGUUACAAUUACAUGUCUGUUAGUCCACCCAUUGUACAGUGCUAUGGAUUCUGAUGGCGCUAUAUAAAUAAUAAUGUAGGGUUGGUUUUUCGUAGGUGGUUCAUCAUGUUAAAACGUACGAUAGGAGUUGUGGUUGUGUGUGCACCCUGGUUUAUGUGGUAUACUGUAGAAUAGGUAAAAACAGGAGAAAUUCAGUGUUUGUAAAAUACUAAUAUACUUCAGUAGGCAGCUUAAUCGCCAAACCUAAGGUGUCUCUCUUGUGAAAGGUAUGAUAAAACACGGGGGUAGGUGUAGUGCCUGAAAUGUCCAUCGGAUAUAUAUGCAGCGACAAGAGGAGAAAUAACUGAAAUGGAUAGUUUAGCAAGUUAAAAUCUCUUAAGGAAAUAGAGGUUGAUAACCUUUUCACUCACACUUUUGAGGAACUUGGAUAAAAUGUACACCAGCAGGUGUGGCGGUGGUUUGCAUGGAGGAGAUAGGAUGGCUGUAGAGCUAUAGCAAUGUAAGUUUCCUUUUAAUGGGUUAUGGCACUAAAACCUGUCGAUUCCACCUUAAAAACAUCGCCCACAUCCGCCCCUUUCUCACGCAAGAUGCUGUCAAGGAGCUUGUUCAUACUCUGGUAAUCUCUUGCAUGGAUUACUAUAAUUCUCUCCUAGUUUGUCUUCCCAGAAGCUGAACUGCCCCGUUGCAGUCCAUAAAGAAUGCUGCUGCGAGGCUGAUCUUUCUCACCCGUCGCUCCUCCCAUACCUCGCUCCUCUGUCAAAAUUUACACUGGCUUCCUGUAUCCUUUAGGUGUCAAUUUGAAAUACUAACCCUUACAUAUAAAGCUCUAGCCCCUCUUACAUUUCUUCACUGAUUUUAUAGAUAUUCCCGUUCCCGGGCUCUCCGCUUUUCUGGUGACCUCCUGUCCGCUGCUCGCACAGUUACUAACUCGCGCUUGGAAGACUUCUCGUGGGCAGCUCCCUUACUUUGGAACAGCUUUCUUGCCCCUAUCACACUCUCCCCUAGUCUUCAAUUAUUUAAAAAGUCCCUCAAAACACAUCUGAUAAGAAAUGCUUAUGGACUCCCAGAGUAACUUAUCUAUACCUAUACAUAUCUGUCUCUUGCUCUACUUAAGAGCCACACUCUCCUCCAGGGAUGCUACUUUUCCAACUUGUUUGGGGGCUGUCACCCUUGCUGCCCUGUUGUGUAUUUGUACCCCAUCUCUUUGUUGUAUAAUAUUUUCCCCAACACUCUUCUAGACUGUAGGUUCAUUUGAGCAGGGCCCUCAUCUACCUAUUUUUCCUGUGUCACUGUGUAAUUGUCUCAUUUAUUGUAAAUGUCCCCCCUCCCCCCCCCUUCUUAAUAUUGUAAAGCACUGUGGAAUUUGUUGGCCCCCUAUAAAUACCAAUAAUAGGGUGUCCAUGUCAGAGGAUCCUCUAAUUAAGAAAUGAACUAUUGUGAAUUUAUAGUGAAUUCUAUGUGUAUUUUUCUUCAUUCUUGGUGAUGGUUAAAGAGGGUAGUAGAGGACAUUUUAUCAUGGGGUGAGUGGCUUUUGUGUCUCCUGCCAUGAUACAAUGGAUAGAGGAAUUAUGGAAUUAUUUUAGUUUUCAUUCAUCAAGUAAGGUUCUUGCCCACCUCUAUCCAAAAGUCCUCUUCCAACCAGUGACUUUUUUUCUUUAGAAUGGUUAUAUCACAGUACUUGCAGUACCACUGAUUGAUAUGUAAUGGUCCUAAAUUCAGAUUCUUCUAAAUGCACUAGUUAGGAGUGCAGUCACCAUUGUUAUGGUGACAUGUUGAGGAGACAGUUUACUUGUUGGGAUUGUAAAAGUGUGAGAACAUAUGAAUUAUAGGAUGGGUUUAUUUGGUGUUAAAUUAUUAGUUUUAGUGAGUAGAUUGUUUCAGUGGUUCAGAGUGGGCCAUACCUUGCUCUGUUUUUAUAGUUUACAGCAGUAAGUGUUUGUCCGGAACUGAACUAUGUUAUUCAGUUUAAAAAUAUGUAAAUGUGUUUGUGCUGGUAAAAUCAGUGUGAAUGGAGCUUUUUCAUGUUUCAGGACAGUUGACUCUCAUUUAAUAUUGUGGGAAUAAAUUUAAUAUAUAUCUGUGGAUGUAUUUUGUGUUUCAACUGGUGCAUAAGCGUAUGUAAGCACUUGACUUGGUGUGUGUUUUAGAUGUGGGAUGCCAUUAAUUCUAUAAAUUAUGGUGAGCACAAAACAAUUAAAAAACAAAAACAAAAUGAAUCACGAGUUUCUGAUAGUUCCUAUUGCCUGUCUUAUCAGCACAUGUGGGUUAGUUUGCUCCCGGUGCUGAAUGGACAGUUAGAAGCUUUGCAACUUCAUCUUCUGUUUUAAACAUGACUAUGAAUCACUUCACUGUACUUCUCAGCUAUAGAAUACAAAUAAUGAAUACAUUAACUGAAUUUACAUCAUGAUGAAUAUGCAUGAUCUGAUUAUUCUCAUGUCUGCGGUGCACAUGAACAUUCAUUUAAUUAAUAUUCUGUCUUAUCAAGAAAUAUCAUCGUCAACUAUGCCGAAAAAGCUAGAGAAUAACCAUUUGUUUAGUGUUGUAUUAAUGCAAGCUUAGCAGAUCUGUUUGUUUUUCCUUUUAAUAUUAAACCUUACAUUUUCUGUUGUGAACAUCGUUUUUAAACACAAUAGUGUGUGUUAACACAUUUGCUGCUUUCAUCUAGCUAAUCCUUCUGGUCCUUGUGUCAAAUGUGGGUACAAAGAUGAUUUGUAUAUAUGAACAUAUUAUAUGCAUUUAAGUGUGUGUGUGUAUUUGUUUUGUUUUUAUUAUUUAUUUGAACACAAAUAGAUAAAAGCAUCAACAUUUAGUUUUACUGUGGUGCAAACUACUGGCAUAAUCAUUAAUAAUGUAAGGAGGGUAUUACUUGAUCAUUCUGCAAUAGGCAGUCUCUCAUCCAAACUCCAGUUUCAGAAAAGCUCUAAGGCUAUCUAAUGUAGAAAAAGUGAUGUUGCGUUUGUAACAUUUACAUUCUACUGUGCCUUUUGCAUACUUUUUGUUUGUUUUUUAAUCGGUGUAAAAGGAAUCCCACUACUAUACUUUUUAUUUUAUUUUUAUUUUUUUUAAUUUUAGAAAAACCUUUUUAAAGUUUAAACCACUUAGAAGAGGGAAACCGUGGAUACGGAGAUAAGAUGAGGAUUUUUUUAAUGUUUUAUCUGAUGCUUCCUUGCAACUUGGGUGAGUUUCUUAAUGAAACCCAUUUGGACUGUUGGAUAGGUAGCAUAUUUUACUAUAUUCUACAAAUUUUAAAUCCAUUGUUUUGCUUUGUUUCUUUCAAAAUUCAACUUUUUUUGUUCCUGUGUGUGUAAUGUUUGAAUAACUUUCUGAUUUUCCCUAAAGCUUUGUUUUUCUUGCCUCUAAACAUCUUCCUUAGCCCAAUCAAACAAAAAAGGUUAGCAUUGUCUUGAGUCUGUAAAAAAGGGACAGUUAGAGAGGGUGGGAAGGGUUGUAAAAACAGUUUUUUUUUUUUUUUUUUUUUUUUUGUUUUUUCUCUUUAAAAACAGCCUUACUAGUGCUGUGGUGACAGCUUUUCUGUAGAGAGGAAGUGAAUCUUGUGUAUACACCCAGCUGUCUUGUCUGACUGUUUUGAUUGUGUGGUACUCAUUAAGCAGUUUGCUUUAUACUUAUUACAUUUGAUAUCUUAAAGGGAUUCUCCAGGCAAACAAUUUUACUUACCUGGUUCCAGCGCCGGUAGCCUUGUGAAGCGGCACCCCCUAUUUCGUCAAAAUGACGAAAUAGGCGGGCGCGAGCAGGGAGCAAUCAGACGCUUCCAUUGUGCGCAUGUGCGGCUUCAUGCCACCCUCUGAAGUCCUGAGCGCACUACUCGCGGCCGCAAGCUGAGCUGACUGACAGCUCAGCUCGCGGUCUUUGCCCGCCCCCUCUCCUCUGCUGACAGGCAGAAGAGAGAAGGUGCACACACAGUGCCUUCUCUCUUCUGUACACGUCAGAUGUAUUUUAAUACGUCUGACGUGUACAGGGCCUUUUUAGGGCCCUGUAUGAUAGGAAGUCCCUCUGGUGGCCGUCUGAGUGACGGCCACUGGAGGUAUUCUUAUCAAUCAAUGUAAACACUGUAUUUUCUCUGAAAAUACAGUGUUUACAUUAGAUUGCCUGCAGGGAGCUAUAGAUCUCCCCUGAACAACUACAUUAAGCUGUAGUUUUUCAGGUGACUAUUGUGUCCCUUUAACCUAUGUCAAGUAUCCAUUUUAUUAUUGAAAGGUUCAUGGUGGGCAAAAAAGGUUAGAGGAGUUAAUAACUUUUUAUUAUUAAUUAACUAAUUUCAAUGUAUUACAUAGUGAAUCCUUAACGUAUGGAGAUUUGUUUGACGAGGUACAGAAGAUGAGCUUCAUUUGUCGCCUCGCAAAGUGUUACACAAAGGGCAUUUUCGAUUGCAUUGUUCAUAAUAUUAGUUGUUCGAAGCUCUAUCGCUCUAUUCUCUUCCCGGAUAUUCUCAAGUCUGUGCGGUUUGUUCACGUACACCCGCUCCCUCAGAUAUCCCCACAGGAAGUAAUUACCGUAUUUUUCGCUCCAUAAGACGCACCUAGUUUUUAGAGGAGGAAACCCAGAAAAAUAUUCUGAACAAACUGUCCCAUAGUGUUUAACACCCCCCUCCUCCCCUCCUCCCCUGUCCCAUAGUGUUCCUUACCACCCACUCCCCUCUCCUGUCCCAUAGUGAUCUUUAACCCCCCUCCCCUGUCCCAUAGUGAUCAUUAACCCCCCUCCCCUGUCCCAUAGUGUUCCUUACCACCCACUCCCUUCUCCUGUCCCACAGUGAUCUUUAACCCCCUCCCUGUCCCAUAGUGAUCAUUAAGCCCCUCCCCUGUCCCAUAGUGAUCUUUAACCCCCCCUCCCCUUGUCCCACAGUGUCCCUUAGUUACUUACUUGUAUUGUAGUGUGGGCCGGCAGAACAGCGCGCACCGCGGUACAGGAACUUAAAUUUCAGUUUCCGUUUUCCGGCUGGACUGAAAGUAAGUGUGCACACAUUCCGUCCGGAAACUGAAAUUUAAGUUUUGCUGGCCCACGCUACAAUACAGGUAAGUUAAGCUUCACAUUCGCUCCAUAAGAUGCACAGACAUUUCCCCUCACUUUUGAGGGGGAAAAAAGUGCGUCUUAUGGAGCGAAAAAUACGGUAAUGUGGUAAUUUCUUGAAAUUAUCCUAUCGCCCAACAGUUGUCUCAGGAGGUCCAUUGUGGCCCUGACUACAUGGACAGUAGCCCCAUCCUGUUUAUACCACACAACAGGACGUCAACACUUUUCAAUCAUAUCCCCAUAUCUCAAACCACCACUGUCUGUUUCAAAGAAAUGUGCAAAAAAAGAGUAUAAUGCGCACAUUUUAUUUGAAACAAGUGGAGACAAAGUUUCGUCUCCUAACUGAACUUCUAUCAGAGAGGAUAUGAAACGUUAUCUCCUCUUUCUUGUUUCAAAUAGACUGCCUUUUAGAAAAAACCUCAGGUGUACCUAGAAAUAAUUUUUUUUUUUUUUUUCCAUUUGAUGUUUCAAAGAAAUUAUCCAUGAUGAAUCUCCAAAAACUCAGUUAUAAUAUUAUUAUUUAUAUAGCACCAGCAAAUUCUGUAGCGCUGUAAUAUGUACCUGCAACAAAGAAAAUUGAACUACUAACAAGUAAUUUACCUGUCAAAUGCAACUCUGAAUUUUGGCCUUCCCUGUAUUGGAAAAAGAGAGUUCUGAGUGUUAAAACCCUUUAUUAAAAAAAAAAAAAAAGUGUCUUUGUAUCGCUAGGCAUGAAUAUGUAUGUCGGGGGGGAAAAAAGGUGUGUGUGUGUGUGUGUGUAUAUUCCAUAAUGCUAAAUAAGAACAGUUGUUAUUGUAGAUGUGCUAGACUUCAUCAUCUUUGGUUUUGGGGCAUAGCCAAUGGCAUGCUCUGCAAUAUUUUUAGAUAUGAUUGCCACCAUCGCUGUGGGUUGAAUAUAUUAGAACAAGGACUAAUGUAUUCAUAGUUUUAGCCCACUUGGCCAUUUUUUUUUAUUUUUGAGCUUGUCAUCUGUACAUUUGUACUUUAAUGUCCUCAAAGCAAUUACGAGCCAAAUGAAUAUCUUUAAGAGCUAAGACUUCCUGGUCUUCUGAUGUUUGGCAAGUCUUGGUUAGUGUGUUGCUUGAAUUAUGCUGUUACUAAUAAAAAUUAACUCCUGGAAAUUGUUUUAUUAAGUCAACAGAUGGGGUGCGAUGCUCAGCGCGUCAGAAGAAUCGAAGUUUAUCAAGAGCUCCUACCUCAUCUGACCAUGAAGCAGAGACAUGCAAGCGUACAAGGACAACAAACAUGGUAUGCAUUUACUAGCUUAUUAACACACUGUUUUUAACUGUUUGGGCUAUGUAUGUAGAAUGUUCAUAGUUAGAUCUACUUUUCCAGUAAGUCUUUUUCUCAUUUACUACUGGUUUUAUUUUUUAUUUAUUUAUUUUUAAAGGAUGUGCCAGUAAUUGAUGUAAAGAGAUAAAGAGGCUUAUGGAGUAAUAACCGCUAUACCUAUUAAAUCUUGAAAAUAAAACAUUUUCAUCAGCUUUUGGAAAUGCUUACUAAAAUGGAUACAUUUGUUUUCUUUUUUAGGUUAAAAUUCUCUGAACUACAGCAAUACGGCGUUUAGCUGUAGUGAUAUUUUAUGAACCAAAAUGGAAGGGAGUAUAGCAAGGAAUAUUUAGGCAAAUGUAGGGAAAUACAUAAAUACACAUUUAGGGAAAAGCGUCAGAAAAAUUGUAAAAUAGAACAGAAAAAUAUGGGCAACAUAGAUCUAUUUAAUGCAUACGGAAUUAUUCCAUAAUGAUAUCGGUGUAUAGAAGCCAAACCGUGGGCUCCCGAAAACCUAGGUAAGUGUCAAACCGUUUACCACCCUGUAGUGGUUACGGUGCUUAGUGCCACUUUAACCAUAUAUAAUUGAUAACUUUCUAUGUUUAUAUUUUACAACAUUGUUUUUUUGGUUUUUUUUCUCAUUUAAAUCCAGUUUUGACUUAUAAAUGUACUUUAUAUGAUUCACUUCCAUUUUCCCUUCAUAUUCUGAUUCUUCUGAUUGCAUCUCCAGCACAGAACCCUGAAAUUCAACUCAAUACAAAUGCAAAGGAUACAUUUCGAACAGUUACUUUUAGGUCUCCAGUUUCUAUUACAUGUUGUACCAGAGCAGUAAUGAGUGGCAUUCUACCUACACUUCUUAUAACCUUCUGCAUUUUGGUUGUCUUAGCCUUAUAAGAAACUUCGUAUCUAGAGUGUGAAAGGGUUGCCAACAAUAAGCCAGUGCUCUGUAGACAUUUGGAACCUAAAUUUGGGUCAUUAUGCUAUGACAUUGGUUUUCUACUGGUUGCCCAAGCGCAAUCAUACCUAUUUUGAACUUAAUUUGAGUCUGUUAAAGGUUAACGAGCACUGCUCAACACGAAUUUUAACUACAUUGUAGAGAGCCUUCAUUUUUAAUUUACCCCAUAAUUUUCAGUUAUUCUCAUCCUGACUUUGGAAGUGGGGUUAAAUCAAAUGCAGCAGAAUAUGUUCCUUGUUUACCAUUACUCUUGCAUGUUAUCAAAACCAAAUAUGUUGGUUUGAAGCAAAUUCUCUUUCUCUGCUUCACACUGCACAGAAUGCUGCUUUUUUAAAUCAUUUCACAACUUUUCCUAACAAAGAUGCCCAGAAUACCUUUUAUAGCUUGUACCAUAAGGCGGCUAUGGCAGGUUCAUACAUUGCUGCGCCAGAGUGUUGCAAACAAAUAAUUCUGCUAAUAUUUUUAGUCAGUUUGCAAGCUUUGUAUUCCAUAGCCUUCUCCCCUCCAACCCUACUUGCCGUUGUAUCCCUACUUGCUUUUGUAAUACAUUGUCGGUUGAUGUAAUUCCUUGAUCAGACUGGCAAAACAAUUUAGAUUGGUAGCAGGGAUUGGUGAAGUCUGUGUCAGAUUAAAACAACAUUAAAACGUAAAUAUGAAACAGAUUCUGAAUAUACAUGGAGCUAGUAACAAAGUGGAUUAAUUAUUGAUCAUCAUGUUGAAUGUGCCCUUUCACUAACAUAUAGGUAUGUUCCUGAUACGUCAGUGCCCAUACCGAAAAAGGCAUAAAAAUACAUUGUUCAGGGUUAUUUAAUGGAGAAAGCCUCAUCUAUUCAAUAAGAGAGAGCUAAGUGGUUGCUACCUUCUUAUUAUUCUGCACUGUGCUGUUUUUGUCAUAUACCAAAUAACCUUUUAAAAACUAAAAUGUAAACUAUAACUAUACUACAUAUGUAAUCUCUUUAUAGUCUAAUUAAAACCAGAUCAGGAUCUUUUGCAAUUGAUACUCUGUUUUGUUUUUUAUAUUGCCUUUGAACCUAUUCUUCUCUCUUAACAUUUUUGUCGGGGGAACAAAUAUCCGUUUCCUUAUCAUUUGAAUUGAUUUAUAAUUUUAAUUUUUGUUGAUUUUUUUUAUUUUUUUUAUUUGUGUUUUAUAUGAAAAUUAAUGUACUUGUGCUACAAAUUUUGUUUUUGUUUGAGAGACCUACAAAAAUGCAAUAUGUGUGUGACACUAAUUCUGGCUUUGGAAGGCCUAUGUUACCCAAGUGUAAAAUUUCUCAUGGAAAAUUCACCCUAUAUUUCAAAAUGCCAAUUCACUUUUUAACUGGACCAACAAUAAUGCACAUAUUGCUGAAUGGUUGCUGUAGUUCUUCACUGCUGAAGUAUAUUAAAUUAUAUCAUAGUGUAUCGAGUUGACAUUAAUGGAUAGUUCUGCAGCAAAUGCCUAUAAAAUCUUGUAAUGAAACCGGAUUGCUAAAAAUGUACCAUGCACUCAUUAAAUGCUCUAGUGAAAUUUAUACUUUUAUGUUUUUUUGUUUUAUCUUGUCUCCUCCUUUAAGGCACCUUCACCCAAAGGCACAGAAAAACGAACUUCUAAAAAACAGAAAUGUGAUCAUAAAAAAAUGAAAUAUAAUACACAUGGACAAAUUUGUGAAAGUGGCAGUCAGAUUUUUGCCAAGAGCAACUCUCCAUCUUGUUGUGAUAACAUGGGCUCGGAGAGAGCAGUAAACCAACCAAAGAGCAGGGGAAGAAAAUGUCCAAAGACAAAGGUUCGUGCUACCGAACGCUCUUUUUCCAAUAGCCUUGAUUCCUCAAAUCAAGGUGUAACGAAUGUCACUGGAGAUGGUUCUGUGUUUUCUGAUAUAACACAAUCUGAAGUCACCAGAAGAAAGCGAAAUAUAUCUGUCGAUAGUAAUCCAUUUAUUGACGAGGACAGCAACCAACCGAUGCCAUUGACGCGUUUCUUUGAAAAUGCAGAUCUUAUGCAGGUACAUUUUAUUAAGUUUAUUCAGAAUAUGAUCAUUUUGGUUCUGUGGUUAGCAGCUUAACCCCUUAGUGAGCAGACCGUUUUUCAAUUUUCCUACCGUUGAGGACCAGGGCUGUUUUUACAUUUCUGUGGUGUUUGUGUUUAGCUGUAAUUUUCCUCUUACUCAUUUACUCUACUCACACAUAUUGUAUACAGUAUAUUCACUAUUAAAUGGUCUUUUUAAAGAUACCAUUAUUUUCAUCAUAUCAUAUAAUUUACUAUAAAAAAAAGACAAAAGUAAAAGAAAACACUUUUUUUUUUCUAACUUUUACCCCCAAAAUCUGUUACUCAUCUACAACCACCAAAAAAACACCUGUGCUAAAUCGUUUCUAAAUUUUGUCCUGAGUUUAGAAAUACCCAAUGUUAACAUGUUCUUAGCUUUUUUUUUUUUUCAAGUUGUAGGGCUAUAAGUACAAGUAGGACAUUGCGGUUUCAAAAUAUAUAUUUUAAAAUUUUCAAUAGUGACAUUGUAACACUGUUAUCUGUCAUAAAUCUCUGAAUCACACCUCACAUGUACAUAUUUUUAAAAGUAGACAACCCAGGCUAUUCAUUAUGGGGUAUGUCCAGUCUUUUUUAGUAGCCACUUAGUCACAAACACUUGCAUUUAUAUUUGUUUGUGUGUUAAAAAUGCAGAAAAAAUGUUUGACUAAGUGGCUAGUAAAAAAGACUUAACAUACCCCAUUUGCAAUACCUUGGGUUGUCUUCUUUUGCAAAUGGUAUGCCAUCAUGGGGGUAAUUCUCAUUCCUGGGCUACCAUACGCUCUCAGAGGCAACAUAACCAAUCUGGCAAAUUUCAAUGUUAAAAAAUGGAAAAUCAAGCCUGUCUGGGCUGUCCAGAACGGGAGCAACACCGAUCACAGGCGGGGGAACGACGGCGAUCGGGUCAGUACUAAGGAAUACCGCAGACGUACUAGGUACAUCCACAGUUUUUACGGACAGUUUUUGUCGAACAUACCUAGUACGUCCGCGGUCCUUAAAGGGAAACUCCAGUGCCAGGAAAACAAUCUGUUUUCCUGGCACUGCAGGUUCCCUCUCCCUCCCACCCCCCCAAUCCCCGGUUGCUGAAGGGGUGAAAACCCAUUCAGUAACUCACCUGAGGCAGUGACAAAGUCCCACGUCGCUGCUUCAGCAUCCGCGCCGCUCCACCUUCAGACUGCGGCCAGUGGGCGAGACUGAUCCCGCCCACCGGCCGGUUAGACCUAAUGCGCAUGAGUGGCAAUGCCGCGCAUGCGCAUUAGCGCUCCCCAUAGGAAAGCAUUGAAAAUGCAUUUCAGUGCUUUCCUAUGGGGAAAUGAGCGACACUGGAGGUUCUCACACAGCGUGAGGACGUCCAGCGACGCUCUAGCACAGGUUUCUUGUGCUAGGAACCAUGAAGUGCCCUCUAGUGGCUGUCUAGUAGACAGCCACUAGAGGUGGAGUUAACCCUGAAAGGAAAUUAUUGCAGUUUAUAAAAAAACUGCAAUAAUUAUAGUUGCAGGGUUAAGAGUAGUGGGAGUUGGCACCCUGACCACUCCAAUGGGCAGAAGUGGUCUGGGUGCCUGGCGUGUCCCUUUAAGGGGUUAAGGAACAACCAACGUAUUAUAGCAUAGGGAAAAGCUGCAAUUGACAUUUUAUUAAAGGGAUAUGUAUCCUUGUGAGACAACGGUCUCAUUAUAAAGGCAGAAAAAACUGGUUAUAUACAAAUAACCCCACACCACCCACUAAUACUUCUGAUUUACAUUGUUGUGAUAGUUUAAAAGGCAAACACAGUUGUAACAGAUAGCUAAGCUUGAGGACAGUAGGCGUUUCACUGUUUGGCCAUGGGAGUUGCCAUUAAAUUGCAGCUCAAGAUUUAAAAGUCACACUUACCUAUAUAAUUUGCCGAUUUGACAUACAUGUCUAAGCUUGGCUACUGAUAGAAAAAGUAGGUAUUUGUCAUUUGGAUUUGUUUAUAAAAAUCAGAUUACCAACUACCAGCAAGGCAGGACAUGUUGGGGACUGAUUUUAUAAGGGCUCUCCAUUUUGAGGAUAGUUUUUGUCCUGGCGCACAUACCAGAACCUCAUCCGUAACAUUGAAAGCACAAGUAAGAAUAAGCAGGUGAAUAUGAAAGUCAUAUUUAUCUGCUUUUUUUUUUUUUUUUUUUCAUGCAGAAUGAGACAACUGUAUCAUUCAAAGCUAAAGCUUUUGAACAAGACCGUUCUCAAAGUGAUGCAUGUCCCUUUAAACCAGACACUAGGAUCUUUGAAGAUCAUUGUAAUCUUAUAUAAAUACAUGAACAGAGCUAGAUUGCAAUCACCUUAAAUCUAUGUUAACUAGUGUAGUUGAACCAGUCCAUUUUAUAAAAAAGAAAUUGUGCAGAGGAUAUAUUAGUAAAGAUUGUAUGUUUAAAUGUGGGUCAUGGAGUACUUUGCAGUAGUCUUUUGGAGAAGUACACAAUACUCACAAAAAAAAAACCUUUUGACAAUCUGUAGAAUAAAUUGUCAAAUUUCUUUGGUAGUCUGAUUAUGACUGUGCUGUGGAACUGAAAAUUAUCUACACCCUGAAAACAACUGAUCAUGGUGUUUUUUGUUUGUUUUUUCCGAAAUUAGGUAGCAUAAUUCCUCAUGGUUUAACUUAAGUCACUCUUCCUAGUUUACAAUUGGUCAGAUGGAGACAUUCAUUUGGAUUAACCCAGAUAAAGUCUGUGUCUUAAAAAGUGGAAGCUGUUCCACAAAACCUCAGGGGCAUGUUAAAAUAUAUUUUGCUCUCUGAUAAAAUUAUCAAAAUCUAUUGUGAAUGUUAAUCUGUAUUCUCUUGCUUAACGUUUUGUGCAGAGAAGGGGAUUUCUAAUGCUUUGUUCCCUGGCAGUUCAGGGGGCCCCCUUGAAUUCCUGGUAGUCCAGUGAGCUGCUAUAACUGCAGGGCAGCCAGUGGCAUCUAGGCAGUGUUCAUUGUCUAUACGAAGAGCUUGCUUCUAGAGUGUGUCCUAGGAUUUCACUAUGUCACUAUUGACGUUGCAAGACUGUUCAGUUGCACAUGUGCAACCAAGUUAUGCAUGCGCAGUACAAUUUUCCAGGAUCCCUAGGGAUUGGACACUGGUUAGAUCAGUGUCUCACCAGAGGUGGACGUGGGAAACCCAGGCAAGACAACAACAACAAAAAAUCCUAUUUACCUAGUUCUUUUGCCUGCAGAAUGAAACAAAUCUUUCAUCCAAAGAAAUUACAGUUGCCUCAAAGGCAUGCAUGUCCCUUAAGUAUUAUGGUAAAAGACUGAUCUGUAUAGUAAAAUGUAAUUGUUUGUACCAUGGCUACUUUAGGAAAUAAAAGUAAAUGGAUAUGUGGUUAGAAUGUAGAUGGCUUUACACCAAGGUGCACUACCACACGUUACAAAAAAAAUCAAUCUUUUACCCCACACCUUUCCCUCGUCUUAUAUCCUUAUUUUUUUCUUUCUCAAAUGCCGCAGAUGGUUGUAUUGUUAUACGUGUAAGUAACUUUGUCAUUGGUUCUGAUGCAAAAACAUGUCGAGGAAAAUACAUGCUCCAGUAGUAUUGUAUGUUAAUAUUGUAGCUAGAGUGUUUCCCAAAUCCCAUACUUGCCCAAAAAUCAACAGUAUUUCCUGAAAGUUAAGCUGUCUAAAUUUCACAUUUUUCCAGUAGCAACUGCAGUGACUGAAACCUCCGUGGCUGUGAUUUUAACUGUUGCAUUUGUUUACUCUAAAGGACAUACCACCAGUCAUGCCUUCUUGGGCUUUCAUGAGCAGAAGGCAGGUCAGAAAUCUUCAUUUUCGAGCAAAAGAUGACGACGAUGAUGAAGAGGACGACGAAGAUCAGGAAGUCACAGUCCAUAAAGAUAAUGUGUAAGAUGCAGCUACAUUUGAAACAUGAACACAGUAAACAUAAUCUAUUAAGAUUAAAAGAGUUGCAGGAUUUAAGCCUGAACAGCGGUAAUUUAUUGUAUUAACAGAAUUGCUAAAUAAGACACAUACUUAAAGUAAAACAGGCCACAAUUUUAUUAAUUUAUUUUUAAUCACCCCCCCUUGCCAUCUAUGUAUAAUUCAAUAUCUUGACGCUGCCAUUUUGUUCUCCUCUGUUCGUGACAUCUGCAGUUUCCCUUCUGUGAGAUUCUUUAGACUUAUGAAUUGUUGGUAAAUUAGCUUUGCAGCUGAAACAGAACCUUAAAGGGGCACUAUAGUCACCAGAACAACUACAGCUUAUUGAAUUUGUUCUGGUGAGUAGAAUCAUUACAUUCAGGCUUUUUGCUGUAAACACUGUCUUUUCAGAGAAAAUGCAGUGUUUACAUUACAGCCUAGUGAUAACGUCACUGGCCACUCCUCAGAUGGCUGCUAGAGAUCCUUCCUGGGUCAUGGCUGCCUAAAAUGCAUCCAAACAUUGUGUCUCCACCCUCUGCAUGCAGACACUGAACUUUCCUCAUAGAGAUUCAUUAAUUCAAUUCGCUGAUUGGCCAGGGCUGUGUUUGAAUUCUUCUGACUCUGCCCCUGAUCUGCCUACUUGUCAGUCUCAGCCUAUGGGUAAGCAUUGUGAUUGGAUCAGGCCACCACUUCUGAUGAUGUCAGAGGACGUUCACAGGCAGAGGCAGCAGCUUCAGACUUGAAUAAAAGUAAGAUUUUACUAUAUCUAGGAAGGCAAAAGGGGCCAAGGGGGCUAAAUAGGGGUUUGGACACUAUAGGGUCAGGAAUACAUGUUUGUGUUCCUGACCCUAUAGUGCUCCUUUAAUUAAUCUGUCCAUUGCUAAAAGUCACGCUGAACAUAAGGAAAAAGUAGUACCUACUUUUUCUUAUGUAAAAAAAAAAUAUAUGUGUGUGUAUGUAUAUAUGUAUAUGUGUGUGUGUGUGUAUGUAUAUGUGUGUGUGUGUAUGUAUAUGUGUGUGUGUGUGUAUGUAUAUGUGUGUGUGUAUAUAUGUAUGUAUGUGUAUAUAUAUAUAUAUAUAAUGUGUGUAUGUAUAUUUCUCUUGUUUAUUAUGAAAGUCAAUGGAGAAGUGGAUGCAUAUGCAAUAGAUCCACCACAGUUUCCCUUUUUGGUAUGGAAAAUAAAGAAUAUUUAUAUGAAAAUGUUGAAUAGUAAACGGUAUUUUAGGGCAUCUCUCCAUUAAUUUGUAAUUGUUAUUCAUUAAUCAGUGAAAAUGUGUUGGUGGCUCUGUUUUGCACAUUUAUAUUUCCCCAUUGACUUAGAGGGACGAUCUAAGCACCAAAACUACUACAUAUUAAAUGGUUUCCCUGCACAGGUGCAUUGUCCCCUUGGACAAAGUAAAACAUUGCUGUUUGAGUGGCAAUUUUUCUUUUUUUUUUUUUCCUCCUUUGUAGAUUUCACCCAAUCAAUAGAGGCACUUCCUCCUUUUGACCUUUUAGUUUCAAAGUUCUUAACAUUUAGCUUCACACACAUCGUAUAAUGACUAUUUUUCAUAGUUAAGCAUUGAAUUCCAUGCUUUUCUAUAAGGGUCAUCAAGUUGGUUGACUUUGGCAGUUGGUAUGCCUGUGCCUUAUGUCUUCAAUGCUUCUAUUUAAACAUUGGAUUGAACAGAGACCUUCAAUCCUGGUGAUAUUACAGAAAGUGGAGUUGCGAGGAGACUCUCUCGCCGCUGGAUAACCAUUUGAAAAAAACACAAAACAAAGAGGCUCUGUAUCUAAAGCAUGGACCACUGUAACAUUAAAAAUAAUUGUACUUGUAUAUUUACAGUUUAAUUUUAGAGUGUUACUUUCUUGGAGAGUUGGCACUUUGCGGCCAGAGUUGUAACUCUACCUCCAGUAGUAUUAGCCUGCUGGCGUCAAAUGACCAAUCCCCGUUGGUCCCUCCUGUCGGGCUAUUCUUUGGGAUAUCCUUUCCCCUGCAAUAAAUGGGAGUGACAUCACUGGAGGAGGUUCAGAUUGAAAAUGCAUGUCAGCAAAUGGGGUGUCUGUCUGUGUGUAUAUAUGUGUGUAUAUGUAUAUAUAUAUAUAUGUAUGUGUGUAUGUAUGUAUGUAUGUAUGUAUAUAUAUAUAUAUAUAUAUAUAUAUAUAUUUGUAUAUUAACAAUGGAUUUGCCCCCCUUCUUUGGGCUCUGUGCCUUUAACACAGUAGGAAUUCUGGGUUUUUGUGGUCUACAUUUAGAUGUCAGCUGCUGCUACAGUUGUGCUUUAUAUGAAUAUCUCGAGAUUUAUGUUAAAAAUAACUUCCUCACCAGAGGAGGAUCAGGCUGCUAGGAGAACUUUGCCUUGGCAUUGUAACGAAGGUACGUUUUUAGCAUUAUUUUAUUUUUAAUUUUAGUAAGGGGGGCAGACUAGUUAAGUCUAUGUUGUUAAACACUUUGUAUAGGGCAGUGGCUUAAUGACCCCAUUCUUUUUUCAGAAUAUUUGGUAUAUGACCUAUUCAAGCUGGAAUUGACCUGAUUUUCAUUAUAUAUUUAACGCACGUGUAUGUCCUGAGUGUCCUGUGAUAGAAAUUCCCCAUCCCUCACUACUCCAAUACACACACUUGUGCCUCAGAAAGUAUAUUAGCUGUGAUAUUAUAACACACACAUAUAUUGCAGAUAUUUUUGUUUUUUUCCUUUAGGUAAACAAUCAUUGCCUUGCAGACACCUCUGAAGCUGAACGUACACACAUCCUUGCCUUCUCCUUGAGUUUUACAGGAAUUCAUCUUUGUGAAAACCAAAGUGUUGUCCCAGGAAGAUUGAUUGUUUUUAGAACAUUACCUUCUGCCAACUUUUAAUUUAUUUAGAAUGAAUGACAUUUAAAAUUUGGGGUGCACUAUGAUUGGGGGGGGAUGGAGUCAUCAUAGAAAGGGGUUAAUAUGGAUCCAUGCUAUCCUUUCUUUUGGUCUGGGGGACAUAUGCACAAUUGAUGCUCCUCUUUCAAGCCUACAUCAUAGUGUCGUUCUUGUGGAAAGUUAAUAUGGUCGGUGGUGGCUUUAAAUUUGUUCAAAAUCUAGUAUUGUCAAAGUAAAUACAGAGCUUAAAAUUUGGACUUUAACAAUUAUUUGUCACUGCAAGCCUGGAGGAUCUAUUUCACAUUCUCAAGAGGUGAAUUUCUACUCACAAGGGCUAAAUAUUUGCUCAUCAAUUGCUAGUGAUGAGUGGAAAUGUUAAGCCACGGUACACACAUAUAUUGGUGUAAAAGGGGUAAACGCCAUUUCUUUGAUAUAGGUAGCCCUAUUGUUAGACACCCUUGAAUGGGUACAGGGUGGUCCAGUCUCUGUACUGCUGUACAGGUUUUUGUUGACAGACUGUCCGUGUGCCCUGGGAUUGAGUAUAGUUCGCCUUUUUAUGGUUGUUAAACAUGAGUUAAAAUGUGUAAAAUGGCACCACUGUUUUGAUGUUGCUUUAUAUUUGAGAUGGGACUAGUGGUUGUCCAUGUUAAAGCUCUAAAUUAUGAGGAGCACCAAAUUGCAAACCUUAAUGUGCCUGACUUAAAAAUAGGUCCAUUGAUUGUAUGUCAGGCAAAUUCUACAUUGCAGACUGCUUUGUAAUUGUGCGAUGUCUAAUUUAUAUUAAAUUAGUUUUGUAAAAGAUAUGUGCCUUUCUAAACCCUGUCAGCUAUAUUUUGGCCACACUUUAGGGUCAUUUACACUAUAAAAAGUAGAUGUUUGGGGAUGCUAUUUAGAGGAAAUAAUGGCUUUUCUAAAAAAUUAUCUAAACUGGUCUCUAAAGAGAAGCAAUUCUGUACGAGCAUAGAGGGAGAGUGCUAAAGGGCUUUAAUAAUGGGAUUUAAAUAUUUAAUAUUGUAUAUAGAUGUUAUUGCAGACAUUUUUUAUAUCAUUUUCUUUUCUAACAUGUAUACAAAGAUUUAUAUGUAGAGUUCUACCUAAAGAGUUAUUGAAUGAUUAUAAAAACAAAGAAUAAUUGUGUUUUUCCUUUUUAUUCUGGCUUGAGGACACUUCCUUCCAUUAAACAUAAUGAAAUUAAUUCCUUAAACUGAUCUUCCUCCUACAAAUUUGCUCAGUGGAAUAGCAUAGGAUGUGAUUUUCUUAUGAUUAUUUGAGUCAUGCAAAUUGCUCAGUGAAAGAAUGGUGUUUCAUAUUCCAUAUUUUCAUGCUAUGGAUAAAAGAAGGGGGAAAAACAUUCUUAAAUUCAAUUUAGUAUAGCCAAUGGUUUGAUAUUUUUCCCCUAUUUUUAAAGGAUUCAUCAUAAUUUAAUAAAGAUGUAUGUUAUACACAUACAUAUGUGUGUAUGUAAAAGACCAAGAUCUAAACACACAUUUCUCCAGAAUUUGGUACCUCAUUGCAACACACAAGGUUCACACAUAUAUUUCUUGAUGAGUCGCACACAGGACUUAUGUGAAUCACAGUCUCUUCUUUAUUUACCAAAUAGUUACAGGUCUAAUCAGUCUCUCUCUGUCAUUUAUCAAGAACUUCUGAUCCUCUUACAGAACAUUUCAUAAUAUCCAAAGAUGUUAUAUAGAACUCCAGUAGAGUUGAAUAGUUUCAAUCAGGCAGGGUAAGUUGUUGCUUGUGUAUACCACAAUAUACUGAUCAAUAACUCACUUGAAGAGGAGGUUCAAAUGCUAUGGCUGAUGAAAAAUUCAUUCUUACAGUACAUCUGGAAUGGUAUAUAGUGAAAAACUUUUUUAGGAAUAUGCCAAUUUCCCUCAACUAGCACCACCAUAAAACACCACCAAACACAAUUAGCAGACACACAACUGCCAGUAUGUAAUGAAUUCCCUUCACUGCUAAAUAUCAUUACAGAUAAAGAUUAGGCUUAUAGUUACUUUUACUAUAAAAGAAGAGUUUUAAAAUUUGGUAGCAUUUUUAUUUAUUUUUUAAUUCUUUAACACGAAGCUCAGUAUACAUUUGAACAAUAUUACGCUGUUGUGAAGGAAAACAUUCCUGAUUAUGGGUAUUUAGGUUUUAUAGAGCAGAUUACAGCUAUGUCUAGGGCUUUUUAGAAUCUGAUGGUCAUUAUGGUUGUCUAGAUAUAACACAUGGUUCAAUACAGAUAUUUAAAGAGUUGGCUGGUAAUUGGGAUUAAAUAAGAUGAGUAGACACAGCUCCACUGGUUGGAAAUAGGAAGUGAGCCAUGAGAUUUGAGCUAGGGGGUGGGCAGUGUUUCAACUUAGGAGCUAUCGUAGCUGGGGCAUUCCCGGUAUCGGCCCUUUCAGGGCUCUUGGAUACGGUUGGUACUGUGGGCAUGGUAGGCUAUUGGCGUACACGAACAAUAAAAUAAACUGAAAACCGUAUUGGUUCAACAGUAAGAGUGUGUGUAUAUAUAAAAAGAAAAGGUAGAUAUUAUGAGUCGGGUGACCGCCGUCUUCGUUGCUGGAACAAAAGGGAUGACAUUAGCAGGAUCCCAGAUCGUGAUUGCGGGUGGGUUGAUGUUGUCUAGACCCAGCAUUCCGAGGGUGGCUUCAAUCUCCGAAGCGUCAUACACCCGGUGUUCUGUAUUCUGGUGCUGAAUGAGGAGCAAGCGGGGCAAACCCCAGCAGUACUUGAUGUCCUUAGUAGUCAUGGCGGCUGUCAGAGACUGGAGAGAUUUCCUUCACAGCAAGGUUGCGUGUGAGAAGUCUCUGAAGAAAGUGAGGUCCAUGUCCUCAAAAUGGUAUGGGGAUUUCCCUCUGGUCGCAUUCAAAAACGCCACUUUAUCUUGACCAUUCUGGAAUUUUAUUAGCAGGUCGCUGGUGGUGGAGGUUGUUGCCAUCUGUGGUUUAGGGAGACGGAACGUUCCAUCUAGCAGUAUGCCUUUUGCCAUUUUGGGGGGUAGCAGGGCUGCGAACAGCCUGCGCAGUAAGUGUGGCAAUUCUGCUGCUGUUAUAGUGUCACAGUUCCCUGGUUUUGGUUUUGACUGUAUUUUAUCCUCCAUUGCUGCCAGUUGGAGGCCUAUGCUAGUCUGUGUUGUAAGGUCACAGACCUGUUUCUGCAGCUCCAGGAUUUGGGUUGUUUUGCAUGGUUGUAGUCUUCUCCACAGCCUCCAAGCAUGUAGUAAAGCCCCUGACAUCCUCUCUGACAUGUGCUAUUUCUGCUGACAGAGUUUGACGGAGGUCUGCCAGGAGACUAGUGAGUAUUGCUGUGGUAACUGUAGGUGAAGCUUCCACCUUUGGUGGACUGGGUUUGGGUGGUCCACAGUAACCCUAGUCUCCGAUGGUGUGAAGGGGGUAAUCUUCCAACUCGUCGGAAAAGUCAGCAAGGUCCGCCACUAUAUUAGGUCUGUUCCCGCCUUGCGGCCUCCACAGUAGGUCACCAAUAUCUGUGGAAUAACUGGGCCUAUCCGCCCGCUUUUUUUUUUUUUGCCCCAUCAUAGGGGAGAUUCUUCCCAGUCGUCGGUGGGUUAUUUGUGCCUUUUGGGGUGCUUUAAAUCGGGUCACUAUGUGAUGCACCAACGGAGCUCCACAAACCUGCGGCCGCCUUGGUCGAGAGCUAGGUACGCCCCCCGGAAUUUACAUUUUAAGCAUAUUUAGUUUCUCUGAUGAAAGUGUUUUUUUAUUUUUUUAAAUGCAAAAAAAAUUUUUUCAUCCAUCUGUUUCAGUCACAGCCGGAGAGGUGUGGCUAUGAGUUAAUUCACAAAAUUUAACUCCUAAAUGGCAGAGAAUUGAGUGCUGAAACUGCAGGGACAUGAUCUAUACACAAACUGAUUUAAUUCAACUGAAGUUAUGGCGUUUGGAAUGUUCCUUUUAAUGUUUUUAGAUGAGUUGAAACACAGGGCAUACGAGAUACAUAGAUGCAUGAAUCUUCUUUUGUCCUGCUUGUCAUCAAAACAGUGGCAGCCAACCGGAUGCACUUCAGAUGUGGAAUAAUGGAACUCCACAACUGCUAUAAUGCCAAAGGUUUGCUACCUCUGAUAAUGAAGUUCUUCCAUUAGUGCCUUCUGUGUCAAAGUUUUAACAUUGUUAAAAUUAAAAAGUGAUGCAUAUGGUUUGUAUAGAGUUCUGCUUGACAUGUGAUGAUCACGUCACCUUUUUUCCAACUUAUACUAAAUGUAUAGCUAGGGGCUCUAUUAACAUCGCUGUAUCUCUGAAAUAUAGACAAAAUCUGCUUAAAACAAAGAUUAAUCACUAUGAGAAAUCUAUACACAACUUAGAUAAAUAUGUAUUUUUGUACAAAUUACGUUCUGAUUUUAGUGAUAAAAGCACAUUUUGGUAAUGAUAAAGUGCAGAACAAAUAAAUCACAAAGAUGUUUAAUUAUCAAUCAAGGUCUGAUGGAACUUGACAACUGAAUUGUAAAACGGGAUGAGACAGAAUCUUGCAUACAGUAGACUGGAAUUUAUUCAUUUUUUUUUCUCAAUUCUAGUAAGUUGUCAAAUUACCAAUUUUCACUGCAUAGUGAAGAAUUCCUCAAUAAAUUCCCAGAUACCUAUCCUGUGGGUGCAUCUUUUGUUCUCAAAUUAUGAAUCACUUGUGUUAUACUUAAAUGCAAAAUGUAAAUUACUAGUUUUUGACUAAGCAUUUCUGCUUGCAUUCUUUAAAAAACUGUGUUUGAACAAAAAAUAUAUAAUCUUUCUUUGACUGUAAUGUACAUAGUUUGGUUUGUUUUGGUUUUGUUUUUUUAAUUGCUUUUCUACACACAGUGCUUUAGAUGUGUUGAGUCUGUGUCGUAAAUCCGUCCAAAGCAAAGAUUGUAUGAUUCAGCUGAUGGCGCAGUUACAAUACACCGAGCAUGUGUACGACUUGUUAGCAACAAUGUAUAAAUUGUGUUGUGACAUUUCCACUUUUUUCUUUGCUCAAUAAAAUGUUUAUCUUCAAAA